AUACAUACGUUCGUCAAAAUUAGCUAAAAAUACAUUUAAACUGUUUUUUGAAACGCAAAGUUCACAUUUUGCGCGUAUGUGUGUGUGUGUGAAAGUGCUGAAAAUGUGUUUUAAUUGAAAUUUGUUGCCAUGCAGCAUGCAAUGUGCACCUGUGUCUGCGCAGUCAGUGAAGCCUGAAAAGCCAAGCCACAAAAGUGUAAAGUGCACUCGCCAGCAAAGCUGUUGAAAAAGAAGAACUAAGCCGAAAAAAACAAAUACGAAACAAAACAAAGCGGAAAGUAACAGCAGCAACGACAGCAACAACAACAACAACAGCAACAAUAAUAACAACGCAAUUCGCAACUCGAGAAUUUCGCGCGUCGCUCGCUGCGCUCCAAUUGCAGAAGCGCUUGGCUCUUAUUGUUGUUGUUGUUGUUGUCAUUGCUGCUGUUGGGUGUGUUUGUCUUCUUCUGCUAAGCGACCCACACAAAUGAGUUGCGCCUGAGGCAGCAGCAGCAGCAGCAGUAGCAGCAGCUCUCAAUUGGCCGGAGAUUAUGAUGAUGAUGAUGUCGUCGGCGCCGGCAUCGACAGACUGCAGCAGCAGCAGCAUGCAGGGCUCGACAACGAGCAGCGCCUCGAGCGAUGUCAUGACGCUGACCACCACGGCGGCCUCCUCGUGGUGCGCGAUGCCGGCGAGCACGCGGCUGCGCGUGGUGCGCCUGGUGCGUCCGCAUCAGCGCCGGCUGCUGGUGGUGCCGGAGCGCAGCGCCACGUUCGGGUUCGCGGUGCGCGGCGGCAAGGAGCACGGCAUCGGCUUCUUUGUCUCGCACGUCGAUAACGGCGGCGAGGCGCAGCUAAAGGGAUUGCGCAUCGGCGACCAGAUCUUGCGCAUCAACGGCUAUCGGCUGGAGGACGCGGUGCACAAGGAGUUCAUACAGCUGGUGGCCAGCCAGGAUCGUGUCACGCUCAAGGUGCGCGGCGUGGGCAUGCUGCCAGUCAAGGAUCAGCCGGAUGAGCGGCUGUCGUGGAGCGUGGUGAAGCUGCCCAGCGUGAGCGGCACGCCCUCGGAGAGCUCGUUCAAGGCGUCGACAGAACGGCGCACGGCCAGCCGGGACAUCAAUGUGGUGCUGCAUGUGGCGCCACGGACCAAACUGGGACUGGGCAUCUGCAAGGGACCCGAGUGGAAGCCGGGCAUCUUUGUGCAGUUCACCAAGGAGCGGAGUGUGGCGCGCGAGGCGGGCCUGCGGCCGGGCGAUCAAAUCCUCAGCGUGAACAGCAUCGACUUCUCCGAUGUGCUCUUCAGCGAGGCCGUCGCCGUGAUGAAGGGCUCCAGCAAGCUGGACAUGGUGGUGCGCACCGCCGCCGGCUGUGAUCUGUUUCCCGGCGAGUCCAGCGGCUACAACAGCUCCGCCAGCUCCGUGACCGGCGAUCAGAGUCCCUGCUGGGCGGACGCCAAGUCCAAGCGGUUAACCGCGGUGCGCGAGGAGCCCAGCCAAGCCUCUGGCGCCGUCCAGGUGCACAAACAGCUCAACAAGACGAUCAUCAAGCUGACCGAGAAUGGCACCUCCAUCAACAGCACCUACAUAGCCAAUGCCAGUCAGCAGCAGCAGCAGCAGCAGGAGCUGUCGGUUAGCCGCAGCACCACAAUGCGACGCAGCUGCUCGGUUUCAGCGCCUGCUCCACCGCCGCCAGCGGCAGCAGCGCUGAACAGCGGCAACGCAGCCGCAGCUGGAGGAGGAGCAGGAGCAGCAGCAGCAGCAGCAGCAGUAGCAGGAACUGGCGCCAGCAACAGCAGCAGCCUCUCCAGUGCCAUAAACGAGGAGCUCAAGAAGCGCAAGGAGAAGCAGCAGCAGCAGCAGCAGCAUUGUCAUCAUCAUCUGUCGGGGCAGCGGAGCAGCAGUGGCAGCCACUUGAGUCGCGAUCGCGAUCGGGCCAGAGAUCGCGAUCAGCGAACUGAAGAUCGGCCGCACAAUGGCGGCAGCCGCGCCGGCGUUGCACAAGUGUCGCACAAGCGCGAACGCAACACAAGCGCUGGCGGUGCAGCGACUGCGACUGCGUCGGCGACCGCGACGUCGACAUCGACUGCGGCUGGCGUUGGCGAUCAGCACACGGCGCUGAUGGAUGAAUUUAAGCGCGCGCAUCAGCGCAUGUUCAGGAACGGGUUCCAUGAGAGCGAGCACAAGGAGCGCGGCGAGACGCUGAAGCGCACCUCGAUUAUGCCCGAUGAUAGCUGCUAUCGCAACAACAGCAACAACAGCAACAACAACAACAGCAACAGCAACAAGAGCCACAAUAAUAAUGGUAACAAUAUUGCCAACAACGGAAGCAAUCGCAUGUCGCUGCUUAACGGCAACAACAACAAAAACAACAGCAGCAGCAGCAACAACAACAACAAUAACAACGUGAAUGGCACGCCGGAAUUGCCGCCGCCGCCGCCGCAGUUUGCCAAUCCCCAACAACAGCAGGCGCAACAGCAGCAGCAGCAGCAGCAGCAGCUCAAGCUGAACAUUGCCAAUGGCAAUGGUCAGCAGUUGGCCGCCAGGAGCAAGCAGCUGACGUCUCCCUUGUCGCCCGUGCGCAGUCCCAGCAUCAAUGUGGGCGGCAUUCGAGCGCCAGCCACGCCCCAGCCGGACUACGAGGCAGCCAGCGUGCAGCUGCGCAGCAAUGGACAGCCAGCAGCAGCGGCACCAACAACAACAAAUGGCAGUCAGCAGCUGCAGCAGCAGCAGCAGCGACUCACGCUGCGGCAUGGAGCGGUGACCAUUGGCGAGUACGGGGAGCAGCGGGGCAAGCGUGAGACGCUGCGCAAGAUGCCAUCGAAUGCGAAUGCGAAUGCGAUUGCAAAUGGCAACGGCGCCGGCGUCCAGACGAAUGGCAUACUCAAGAAUGGCAGCCGCAGCAGCAACAGCUUCGGCAGCAGCAGCAGCAGCAGCAACAACAACAACAACGGCAGCGGCAGCGGCAGCAACAACAAUGGCCGCCAGCAGAUGCAGCAGCCGGAGAAGUCCAUUAAAUUUGGCAACUGACUGUGGGCGGCAAAUUAGCUGUAAAACAUUUGUGCAAUAUGUUUAUGGUAGGCGUGGCCGCCACCUGCCCACAUGCUAAGUACAAAGACACAUCAGGCGGAGCGGUUGAUUUUACAUUAAUAUAUAUAUAUAUACUUUUUUUUAAACUACACUAAAGAUAAUUUUUUUUUUUUAUAUACAUAUAUACAAUAUUAUAUACAUAUAUUUGUUGAAUAUUUGUUAAUAUUAUUUAACAAUUGAAUGCUUAGCUGCUAUUAUUUAAUGUACGUAAUUACUAUACUUAAACUAUACGCCCACACCUACGUAUAGAUACAAUAUACAUAUAUAAAUAACGAUUUGUAAUAAAAG